GAAGCUGCAGGGAGAGGAGUCUGCUAGGAGGAAGAUCAGUGAUGCCAGCACUAAGAACCCUCCACCAAGGGUCUGAGCUAGCUAGGAUGGAAGAAACCCUGGAGAACAAACCCCUUCAACGUCUGUCCUGAGGCUUUUCUUUUGGAAACCUGCACCACGCGGGCUUCACCUGGGAUCUGAUCUGCUCUCGUCUAAGGAAGUGAGCAGCCCCUAUCCAUGCUGCCUGCAAGCUGCUCUCUGAUUACCGCUCACUUCCUGAAAGGAGACUUUUCAGCAAAGCCUCUCACUCAAGAGCUGCCGACCUCUGACAGAAGAAGGCUAUUCUGCUGUGACUUGAGGAAGAACGACACACACACCCGCAGCCUGGAAAGUUUCUGACACACGCAGGAGGGAGAGAGACGCUUUUGGCUGCGGCUGGGAAGAAGAAGAGACCCUGACAGACUAGAAGGGGGGAACAGAAGAAAGAGGGGGAAAAGAUAACCAAGGGGCAAUGCCACCGAGAGCCUUGGAUUCUAAUUAGCACAUGUUGAAGCCAUUACGCCGGCCCGGGUACAGCGCACUGCAAGGACGCCAUCGGCUUCGCUGCUUUGGGGAGCGCACGGAGCGGCCGAGGAUGCCUGGGAAGGGACCGAGGACUCCUGUCUCUACAUAAGCAGUGGCCCAAAGAGAGACAUGUUGGGACAGAGCCCUUUAGGCUGGUACAAAGCUCCCCGCGCUGAGACGAGCAUCGCUAACCAUGGCAACCGCUUGGAGGCUUCUGACGUGGACUCUCAUCUUCACCACAGCUGCGUGCGACUCUCCCGGCUACAAAUUCCACUCACAAGAGGAGUUCCUCUCCAGCCUCGAUCACUAUGAAAUCGCUUUCCCCAUCCAAGUGGACCAAAACGGGGACUUCCUCACCUUCGACAUGAGAAGCCCGCUGAAGCGGCGCUCCCGGCGCAGCCCGGGCUCCCUGUCCUACGAGGCCGCUGAGCGGCGGGUCUUCUACAAGGUCUCCGCCCACCACACCCAGUUCCUCCUCAACCUGACCCUGCACUCCAACCUGCUGGCCGAGCACUUCACGGUGGAGUACUGGAAGCGGGACGGGGUGGACUGGCAGCACGACUUCCACGAGGACUGCCACUACGCGGGCCACUUGCAAGAUCAGUACCUGAACUCCAAAGUCGCCAUCAGCAACUGCAAUGGACUGCACGGCGUGAUCGUUGCCGACGAGGAAGAGUAUUUCAUUGAGCCUCUCAGCCUGGGAGUCAACGUGAGCACAGGGAGUGAAGGCGAGGGAAGCCCCCAUGUUGUGUACAAGCGAUCGUCCCUCCAGCACUCGCACAUGGACGCGGCCUGCGGCGUUUUAGAUGAGAAGCCCUGGAAGGGGAGACCUUGGUGGCUGCGGACGCUCAAGCCCUCCCCUCUGAAACCAUCGAGCAAUAACAGCCAGCGAGGCCAGCUGCCCCUGAAGAGAUCCGUCAGCUCCGAGCGCUACGUGGAGACCCUCGUGGUGGCCGAUAAAAUGAUGGUGGGCUACCACGGGCGGCGGGACAUAGAGCAGUACAUUCUGGCCAUCAUGAAUAUUGUUGCCAAACUUUUCCAGGACUCAAGUCUGGGCAAUAUUGUCAAUAUCCUUGUGACCCGUCUGAUUCUUCUCACUGAGGACCAGCCCACCCUGGAGAUUAACCACCACGCUGGGAAAUCCCUGGACAGUUUCUGCAAGUGGCAGAAAUCCAUUGUGAACCGGAAUGGUAAUGGGAACGCCAUCCCUGAGAACGGCAUAGCCAACCACGACACCGCCGUGCUGAUCACCAGAUACGAUAUAUGCAUCUACAAGAACAAGCCAUGUGGCACCUUAGGGCUGGCCCCGGUGGGAGGAAUGUGUGAGCGAGAGAGAAGCUGCAGCAUCAACGAGGACAUCGGGCUGGCCACUGCCUUCACCAUUGCCCAUGAGAUCGGCCACACGUUCGGCAUGAACCAUGAUGGAGUCGGCAACGGCUGCGGCUCCCGCGGGCAGGAAACGGCCAAGCUCAUGGCUGCUCACAUCACCAUGAAGACCAACCCUUUCGUAUGGUCGACCUGCAGCCGGGAUUAUAUCACCAGCUUCCUGGACUCAGGCAUGGGACUGUGCUUGAACAACGCUCCUCCCAAACAAGACUUUGUCUACCCAACGGUGGCUCCCGGGCAGGCCUACGACGCGGACGAGCAGUGCCGUUUCCAGUACGGAGUUAAAUCUCGCCAGUGUAAAUACGGGGAAGUCUGCAGUGAGUUAUGGUGUCUGAGCAAAAGCAACCGCUGCAUUACCAACAGCAUACCAGCUGCUGAGGGGACCAUAUGCCAAACCAAUACCAUUGAAAAGGGGUGGUGCUACAAGAGGGAGUGCGUGCCCUUCGGUACGCGGCCAGAGGGUGUGGACGGUGCCUGGGGAGCCUGGUCCUCCUGGGGGGAGUGCAGCAGGACGUGCGGGGGAGGCGUAUCGUCAUCCAUCCGCCACUGCGACAGCCCGCGGCCGACCAUCGGAGGGAAGUACUGCCUGGGCGAGCGGAAACGCUACCGGUCGUGUAACACCGAUGACUGCCCGCUAGGCUCCCACGACUUCCGAGAGCUGCAGUGCGCCGAGUUCGACAACAUCCCCUUCCGAGGGAAAUACUACACCUGGAAGACGUACCGAGGAGGGGGCGUGAAAUCCUGUUCUCUCAACUGCCUGGCCGAGGGCUUCAACUUCUACACGGAGCGGGCAGCGGCCGUGGUGGACGGGACGUCCUGCCGGCAGGACUCCAAUGACAUCUGUGUCAAUGGGGAGUGCAAGCACGUGGGCUGUGACCGCAUCCUCGGCUCUGACUUGAAGGAGGACAAGUGCCGCGUGUGUGGGGGCGACGGGAGCACCUGCGAGACCAUCGAAGGCAUUUUCAACCAGUCCCUGCCCGAUGGGGGUUACAAAGAGGUGAUCUGGAUCCCCAAGGGCUCUGUGCACAUUGAUAUCCGGGAGCUGAAUCUCUCUCUCAACUACCUGGCGCUGAAAGGGGAGAACGACGAGUAUUUCAUCAACGGGAAGCUCUCCAUCGACCCGCCCAGGCGCUUUGACGUCGCCGGGACGACGUUCCACUACAGGAGAUCUCAGGAUGACCCCGAAUCGCUGGAGGCCUUAGGACCUACCAAUGCCACUCUCAUUGUCAUGGUUCUCGUGCGGGCAGAGCUGCAGGGGAUUCAGUACAAGUUCAACGCGCCCAUCACCCGAGGCUCCUUGACCCAGUACUCCUGGCACUACACCCCAUGGACCAAAUGCUCAGCUAUCUGUGCCGGGGGCAGCCAAGUCCAGUCUGUCGUAUGCAAGAAACAGGCCGACAGCUCCACAGUCUUCAACCAUUUCUGUAGCCCUGAAACCAAAUUACCUGAGAAGCAGAGGCCAUGCAACACUGAGCCAUGUCCGCCCACCUGGGUGAUCGGGAACUGGUCCGAAUGCAGCCGGAGCUGCAACGAGGGCGUCCGCACCCGCAGCGUCGUCUGCCGGAGGAAGGUCGCUGCCACCGAGGAGAAAAUCCUGGACGAUGGCUCCUGCGCCCAACCCCGGCCCAAGAUGCACGAGCCCUGCAAUAACCAAACGUGCCCCCCAGAAUGGGCUGCUCUGGACUGGUCAGAGUGCACCCCGAGUUGUGGGCCUGGUUUCCGCCACCGCAUCGUGCUUUGCAAAAGCGGCGACCACAGCACGACCCUGCCGCCCUUGCAGUGCCCAGAGAAUACCAAGCCCCCGAUCAGCAUGAGAUGCAACCUGCGGCGCUGCCCGCCCCCGCGGUGGGUGACUGGCGAAUGGGGAGAGUGCUCUGCGCAGUGCGGCCUGGGCCAGCAGAGACGCUCCAUCCAGUGCUUGACCCACACUGGGCAGCCGUCCGGCGACUGCGGGGAGAACCUGAAGCCUGCGGGCAUGCAGCAGUGUGAAGCUAGGUGCAAAUCCGGACCUACCGAGAGCCCCGAAGAGUGCAAGGAUGUGAACAAGGUCGCCUACUGCCCCCUGGUGUUGAAGUUCAAGUUCUGCAGCCGGACCUACUUCCGACAGAUGUGCUGUAAAACGUGCCAGGGGCAUUAAAGGAGCCAGGCGACCCCUGUAGGAAAACUGGAAGGCGAAAGCAAUGCCGGAGGGCAGCCGAGCCGUGCCGUUCCCCUCCACCCCCGACCCCCGGGAAUCUCCAAAGGAUUCAACCCAAACACUGGUCGUGCUUCUGGAGGGAGCCGGCAACACCCCCCCACCCCAACCCCACAGGAACCCCAGUUAAAUCGCUGCCAACGCGUGUGCCACUCUGGAGACAGGCAGCACAACGCACGGGAGGAGCGGGGAGAUCUCUGCGGCCACAACGGAGCCGGUCACCGCGCCGGGAGAGGGCAGAGCUGGGGACAGCGUGGCAACAAGGACAUUACUUGAAAUUCUGACAUUUGUUAUUUAUUUAGUAGCACAGCUGGGUCCUGCGGGCACCAGCCAACAGCCUCCAGACGGUGCCAACAGCCCUGCCCGUCACACUGGGGAGGGCAGGGCAGUUCUCAACAGCCAAUCAGCAUGCUCUGGUCCUGCCCUCGCCUUGCUCCGUGCCCAGUCUCCUGAAGGGCAUCGCUGUCCACCUCCAGAAAACUGAGCAUGCCCCAUGGCUGCCAUGGUGCUGGGAAGCAGGCCUCGGGCAGGGGAGGGGGACUGAGCGAAUGGAGCAGUCCGUCCUGCCCAGCGCCAGCAGGAGCCCAGAGAGAGCAAGAAGAGGAGAAGGAUUUUAGCUGUGUGGUGCAUCAACAUGCCAAGGACAACCCUUGGCUUGUGCCUUUGGGCUUCUUUGUGAUGGAUGAGGCAAGGUUGCUGGGGUGGGAGGGGCAGGAUUGUUUGGUUCAUUCAAGCCUUGUCUCCCCUGGAAGGCUCUGUGGAUGACUGGAGAACCGGUCGGAUACUGAUUGUCCCCAAGGAAGUGACACCGAAUGAAUUGGGAGGGGAAGAUGUGUUAAAAACAUUGGUUUUCUGAAGCCUUUUGUUAUUAUUUGUAUCACAGGGGUGUACCUAGAAGCUCCAGCUGAAGUCAGGGCCUUGUGGUGCCAGGUGCUGUAUGUAUACAUAAGAGACAGACGAGCUUCCACUCUAAAUAGACAAGACAGAGAAAGGUUGGAAGUGGAAAACAAGGAGGAAGUGAUUUGCCCAAGGUCACCCAGCAGAGCCAGGAAUUGAACCUGGGUUUCCUGAAUCCCAGGCCAAGGCCCCACCUACUGCACCCCACUGCCUCCUGCAGCAUGGUGCCUUAGCAGCAAAAAGCACAGCUUUCUCCUGUCCAGGUUCAGUUAGGACUACGAGCGCUCCCAAUCCACUUCUCCAACCCCUCCGUGGAGCACCCGCAAGAGAAGAGCACACGUCAUGCUCAAUCAGGUUCUGCUGCCGUGCUAACAGGGGGUGUCAUUGUCCUAUGAUUUUCCCCAGCUCUCCAUAGAGUCUUCCAGGAAAAACAGGGCUAGACAGGACCUGAGUUUCCAGCGUGAAAAGAACAUGGAUUUUUUUUUUAAAUCACAUUUUUCUGCAUCAUAAUGAAGCAACACAAGGCCCGAGCCCGGGGGAUCUGUUCCAUUUGCAGGAACGAUGAACAUCUCCCUUGCCCCAGUGUCUCUAGCUAUUAAUAUACCUGCUACAGCAGCAGCAUCCACUCACCAGCCAAUCACAGCCUCUCAGGUGCUGGGUGGCUCCUGAUAGGCUGGCGCAUGGGUAUUAAUUGUCUUCCUUCCUGGUGGAAUGUUCCAUUCCAACGCUUACUCGGGGGGGGGGGUUGUUUUCACGAUUUUAUAUACAUAUAUUGUAACAAAAAUUGUUUAAAAUACUAACUCUGAGAAGAAGGCGCAAAAUAACGGCAUGAUCUAU